AGUUCCUAAGUUAAUAUCUUUGGCUCGGCGUCACCGCGAGCGCCAUCUUUGCGCUCGCUUCACCCUCGCUUCCGACGGGCUUGGACUGGGUCUCGGUCUCCGACACUGAACGCCCGUCACCCGAGUCAUUAGACGCCGGAGCACAGACGAAGUCCGCGAAGAUGAGGCCCAGCGGCGCCAGGAUCGCCUUCUGGUUCGCCCGGAGUGCCCUCAGAUCGAAUCGCAUCGAGAGUUCCCCGCUGGGGACUCCACUCGCGUACUGGCUUCGGGAAUUUGCAGUUUCUCUCGGAGUAGUGUUGAUGGAAUGUUCGAAGUUGUGAGAUUGAGAGGUGGGACAUUGAAUGGUGAUUUUCACAAGCAAUUUUGUCCUAGAAGAUCAUUUCAUGGAACACGAUUAUUGCCUUUGAGGGAUUAUUAUGAUGUGCUCGGUGUAAGCAAGGAUGCGAGUGCUUCAGAUAUCAAGAAAGCUCACUACGGGGUAGGUUCUUUGCUACAGAGCAUACUGAUAAUGAUUGUGGAUUCUACCGGUGUACGAGCCUAUGGACUGUAGUUAUUAGCUUGGACAAUAUUAAGUUUGCAAUUUGAUUUGGCUUUUGUUUACAAACGAGCAGUUUUCAGUUUUGUUUAUCUGUUGAAUAGCAUUACAUCACAUCUCUUGCUGUCUUCAUUAUGUUAAAGAUCAUUACGAUGCGCUUAAAAUUAAAACAUUAUGCGCUUCUAUAAUGAAUUAGUUGAGCAUGACCAGACUAUCCGAUUCAUGGCUGCACUAGGAGCCUAUGGUAAAGAGUGGCAUGCUAAAUUAGUCAUUGGGGUCACAUGUUGACUUUUGAACUUACUGAAAUUUCAUGAACAUUUUCGAGGAUGGUAGUUCAUUUAGCCUAUCUAUAUGCACUCUGCUUGUUUACUAGAAUUCACUGCUACAAGUUAUACAAGAUUAUGAUGUCCUUUAUGAUUUAUCAUUAUCUUAAAAUAAGAGUGAUACUUCAUUAUUUAAUAGGUACAUGCCUGUGCUUUUCUUUCCAAGUUACAGGUUUAAAAAACUAAUCUAAAAUAUAGGCAAGUGUUUUCUGUUUGCAGCAUUUUCAUAUGUUUGUCUGGUGCACUGGAAAAAGCUCGAGUUUACCAAAACUCAAAUAAUUACUAUGUCUAUUAUCAGGGAGCUUAAAUAGAUUAUUAUGUUGUCCUGCUUUAUUGUGUCAUCAGUUAUAUUUGCUAGGGAUGUCCUUGAUUUGAUGUAUCAUGCUUAUCAACAAAUGAUAUGCGAUUAGAUCCUCAAAACAAAAUUUAAUGAUGCACAUUGGCCAGGUUGCAGAUAUGAAGGUUUUUUAUAGGUUUCUGUUCUUGAAAGUAACAAACUAAGUUAAAAUUUGAAUUCGUUGCAGCAUUUCUUGAUCGAUGAUGAUCAACAUGUUUUUCUGUCUUAUUUGAGAGUACUUGCAGGAAGAAUAAUGCACAAGUAUGUGCAAGUUAAUAUUUGUUCUUUUCCUGCUUUGUCCUACAUCAUGGGGCAUGUCCUUUCCCUAAAUACUAUAAUAUCAGGCAUAUAUUUUGUAUGCUGCUUGCAAAGAAACUCCAUACCAAUGCAAACAAGGAUGACACUGAUGCAGAAAGGAAGCUCCAGGAAGUUCAGCGGGCAUAUGAGGUUAACCCUGGAUAUGUUCUGAGCACACAUGAUAAAAAAGUUGCCGGAGUUUGAUAGGAAAAUUAGAUGUUCUAUUUGUCGUAAGUAUGAAAAAAAAAGAUGCAUUUGUCCUUUUCAGGUCCUGAAAGAUGAGGAUAAACAAAGACUAUAGGACCAGGUGUCCCCCCUUCUCUUCAAGAAAAAGGAAGAAAAAGUUGUAUGGCAUGUUUGUUAUAUUAUUUACUUGAUGAAUGUUUUAGUGCAGCUGAUUUUGUUGGUUGGUUUACUAAAUGUGCAUAAUAUUCUCGUACAGAUAGUGCACAAAGUAAACAAAUAAAUACAAGAAAAAGAAGUUACACUGAACAAGAUGAGAUAGAAGAGAUCAUGAAAGUAGGAGAAUGAAGAAAGCAAGAGAGAUAGAGAGUCUAAGAAGAAGACAAAACAGUAUAUGCAUAUCCACUGCUGCAAAGGAUAUUAUCUUUAAGUCACAAAUAAAAUUUUCAUCAAAAAAUAAUUUAUACUGUCUCCAUCUUCUUUAAGAUUUGGACAGAAGAGCUGUGUUAAUUAGGUUAGAGAUGGAUUCUGCUGGCAUCUUUCCGGCCAAUGAAUAAAAAGUGAAACUAAAUGGAACAUUAUAGGUGUUUUCCCAGUGAAAGCAAAAAAAUGAGUUAUAUUUCAACAUCAGCUAGUUCAAUCACUGUUGCUUUUUAUUCUGCAUUCUGAAAAGAAAAACAUUUAUGCUUUUUACGGAGCUAGUGCAAUUUGCUGAGUCCAUUCAAUAGCUGUGCACCCUUCUUUCUGGUCCAAUAUUUAUAAUGUGGUGCCCAUCAGGUCGGUCCCAAUGUUGAAUAAGCUGCUUCAGGUGGUGACCCUGGUGGGCCAUUUGAUGCUGGAAAUGCUGAAGACGAAUUCAGCAUGAAUGAUUUCUUUAGCAACAUGUUCAGAUAUGAUGACUAUGGAGGACAAGAUGUCAAGGUUUCUCUUGAAAUAUCAUUCAUGGAAGCAGUUCAAGGAUGCACAAAAACAAUUACAUUUCAAGCUCCUGUAAACUGUAGAGCUUGUGGUGGAAGUGGUGUCCCUCCUGGAACUAGACCUGAAACUUGUUGGCGCUGCAGAGGCUCGGGAAUGAUUUUCAUGCAAACUGGUCCCUUCAGGUUGCAGACCACACGUUCACGCUGUGGAGGUUUUGGGCAAACUGUAAAGAGCCUCUGCAAGUCAUGCAAAGGACAAAAAGUUGUGAGAGGAACCAAGUCAGUCAAGCUGGAUGUGAUGGCUGUUUAUAGAAGUGGUGGUGCUGAUCCUGAUACCAGGCAACCUGGUGAUCUUUUUGUUACUAUCAAGGUUCGGGAGGAUCCUGUUUUUCGUAGGGACAAAGCUAAUAUUCAUGUUGAUGCCGUCCUCAGUGUAACCCAGGCAAUAUUAGGAGGAACUAUUCAAGUACCAACUCUCACAGGAGAUGUGGUUCUUAAGGUUAAGCCUGGAACUACAUGUUUUAGUUCUUAUGACCUUCUUGAGUUUCUUAUUUGAUAUUUUAUAGAUGUAUAAUUUUGCUAACAAUUACCAGAAUUAUUAAAUGUAGAGAUGAUCCCUUUAUGAGAUCAGUUCUUUUUUGUAAAUACCUUAGAUUAAUUAUUAUGAUGAUUGAUGAAGUUGAACUCAACAUUUGGGUAUCUUUUAUUUCAUGUUGUAAAGAAUCAUGGAUAAUUAUGCUCCUUUAUUCUAUGAGAUUGGUGGCAAUGCGUGUUAUUUUAAGUGGAAUAUCUGCUUUAAGAUCAGUGCAAUGAAGUUCGAUUCUCGAGGAAUUUUC